UCUCUACUUCAUUAAGCUGUGCUCUCCCUGAAGGCUGCAGAGAUUCAGGAAGGACUCAGGAUCAAAGAUGGUCUGCUCAGGAGAGUAGACCAAGAGAUUCCCUGCUGAGAGACUCACUGAUAAGAUUUAGCAGGGCUGACCAUGUACUGGCUCUGGAAAUUGCGGGAGGCUUGUAUCCGAUGGGGACCUCAGAGCCGCACUAUCCACAUUUAUGCCAGCCGACACACAGCCUUACAAUGGGGCCACCAGGAAAUCCCUGACAAGUUCAACUUUGUUAGUGAUGUAAUUGAUCAUUGGGCUGGCAUGGAGAAGGCUGGCAAGCGAGCUCCCAGCCCUGCUCUGUGGUGGCUAAGCAGUGAUGGGCAGGAAAUGAAGUGGAACUUCAGCCAGCUGAGUGAGAUCAGCCAGCAGGUGGCCAACGUCCUUACAGGAACAUGUGACUUGCAGCGUGGGGACCGUGUGACCGUGGUGCUGCCCCGAGUGCCUGAGUGGUGGCUGGUGACCUUGGGCUGCAUGCGAGCAGGCCUUGUCUUCAUGCCUGGGACUAUCCAGUUGAAAACCAAAGACAUUCUGUAUCGGCUGCAGGCAUCUAAGGCCAAAGCUAUAGUGGCUGGGGACGAAGUAGCCCAGGCAGUAGACACAGUGGUGCCUGAAUGCCCUGCCUUGAAAAUAAAGCUGCUGGUAUCCGAGGAGAAGCGGGAGGGAUGGCUGGACUUCAAGACACUGAUCCGAGGAGCAUCUACCAUACAUCACUGUGUGAAAACUAGAAGCCAAGAAGCAGCUGCCAUUUACUUCACCAGCGGCACCAGUGGCCUUCCCAAGAUGGCGGAACACACCCACUCAAGCCUGGGCAUGAAGGCCAAGAUGGAUGCUGGCAUAUGUCUAGGCCUGCAGACUUCUGAUAUCGUAUGGACCAUAUCAGACACAGGUUGGAUAGUGAACCUCGUGACCUCGCUUCUCAACCCUUGGGCAUUAGGAGCGUGCACAUUUGUCCAUUUACUGCCAAAGUUUGACCCAUCGGUUAUUAUCAAGGUGCUUUCCAGCUACCCAAUCAAUAAUUUGGUGGGCGCUCCCCUUGUCUUCCGGUCAUUAUUACAACAGGACCUUUCCAGUUAUAAAUUUCCACAUCUCCAACACUGCUUCAGUGGAGGGGAGACUCUUCUUCCAGAAACUCUGGAGAGCUGGAGGACUCAGACAGGACUAGACAUCAGAGAAUUCUAUGGCCAGACAGAAACGGGCGUGACCUGCGCAGUUUCCAAGACGAUGACAAUCAAGCCUGGCUCGAUGGGAAUGGCCAUUCCCCACUAUGAUGUGCAGGUUAUCGAUGACAAGGGCAAUGUUCUGCCCCCCAACACAGAAGGAGAGUUUGCCAUCAGGGUCAAACCAAUCAAGCCUGUGGGCAUCUUCAAUGGUUAUGUGGACAAUCUUGAGAAGACAGCAGCCAGUAUUCGAGGGGAUUUCUGGCUCCUGGGAGAUCGAGGCAUCAAGGACGAGGAUGGGUAUUUCCAUUUCAUGGGACGGACUGAUGAUAUCAUUAACACUAGUGGGUAUCGAAUUGGUCCCUCAGAGGUGGAGAAUGUAUUGAUGGAGCACCCUGCUGUGGUAGAGACGGCUGUCAUCAGUAGUCCAGAUGCUGUUCGAGGAGAGGUAGUGAAGGCAUUUGUGGUCCUGGCCCCACAAUUCAGAUCCCAAGACCCGGAGCAGCUCACUAAGGAGCUACAGGAACACGUGAAGUCAGUGACAGCCCCGUACAAGUACCCCCGGAAGGUGGAGUUUGUCCUGGAUCUUCCCAAGACGAACACAGGGAAAAUUAUGCGGUCAGAGCUUCGAAACAAGGAGUGGAUGAAAUCUGGACCAGCCAAGACCCAGUGAGACCUGCAAGGCCCUGUCUUUUCCCAAUGGACAGCUUACAUUCUUCUGGGGAUGGGAGGUGGUACUCAGGGAUAGGACAGGUACCUGAUUUUGCC